AGUAUUAAGUUUCAAGUUGUAGAAUCUUCUAGUAGUGUUCUUAGUUUGUCUUUAAAGUUGGCGAUUUUCCAAAAUAUUUUGUGAAGCCUACAUCAAAUAUAGUAUUAAAUUUUUUAUAAAUGUAGUAACGUUUUUGUUAUUAGUUCAUUAAAAUAAAAUAAAAGAUGUCAGAAAAUCUUGAAAAUAAUUUUAAGUUGCUGAAAGAACAAGGCAACGCAGCAUUCAAGUCUGGAGAUUGGCUCAAGGCACUAGAAUAUUAUACUUCGGCACUGAAUUUACUUAAAGAAAAUGGACAAGAUAAAGCUAUUUUGUAUAAAAAUCGUGCAGCGGCUUACAAUAAACUAAAUGAAUAUCAAAAUGCUAUUCGUGAUUGUAGCGCAUCUUUGGAUAUAGUUUCCAACGAUCCAAAAGCAUUAUAUCGUCGAUGUUUUGCUUAUGAGCAAUUGGGUAAGUUUGAAGAAGCGUAUGUUGAUGCUAAACAAUGUCUAUUGUCUGAUCCAACAAACAAAGAAAUACAACCUGUCCUAUCAAGAUUACAUCCAAUUGUACAAGAAAAACUGAGGGAAAACGCUCAGCUUUCCAAUAAAAUCGAAAGUAUGUUUAAGUAUGCGUUUACCAUUGAAGAAAGUAUAGAAAGACGUAUUACCGCCAUUAAAAACUUACUGGUUUUGUCAAAAGAAUCGAGCAGUGGUUGUGUUUCCUUACUAAAAUCUGGUAUUAUUAAUAAAGUCAAAGUUCUAUUAAAGAACGACAAGAAUGCUGAAGUACGUUUAAAUGCUUUGCGAAUCGUAGGCCAGCUUUGUAAAAAUGAUGAAUCCUGUACUAAGCAAGUAUUAGUUGAUCUUGGUGUACCGUGGUUUGUUGAUGCUUUGAAUACAGAUAAUCAAAAUGAAAUAAAUGGUGUAACAUAUAUUAUUCAAGCAGCCUUGAACAGUUUAACCGGAAUGGCAAACACUUUGGACAGUUCACCAAAUGAAGAAAAAUGUAAAAAGAAUUCAAAAGAAAUUGAUGCAAUAUUAACAUGCUUAGUUUGCUCUGUAGACCGGCAUUCAAUUAAUAAAUUUGCGCGAGAUUCAAUUAUUGAAAUAUUGACUAGAAAUAUUCAUUAUGAUAAUGUUAAUUGGGCUGAACGUUUGAUUGACAUGAAAGGAUUGCAAAGACUAUUGGAUGUAGCGAGUGAACUUAUUGAAACUACAUAUGAAUCAAAAAUGGAUAUUACUGAGUACUCUCAUACUAACGUGUCUGUAUGUUUGUCAAGAAUUUAUGACAAUUUGACUUGUGAUAAGUCAAGAGAAAAAUAUGUAGGCGCUGUAGAUGAAUUUCUAAGGAAUAAACUACUUGACCCAGAUAUUGAAUCAAAAGUUCGUGCUGUGUCUACAAUCACUGUAUUACUUAUGGGCCCAAUAGAUGUUGGAAAUUCAAUUAUAGCAAGAGAUGGUAUUAUUGAAAUGAUCCUUGCCAUGGCCACGACUGAUGACAAAGUUCAACAGAAAAUCGCCUGUGAGUGUAUCAUUGCUGCCACCACAAAAAAAAGUAAAAUUACUCCCAUUGUCAAACAGGGAACACAAAUUUUAAAAAAUCUUUAUAAAAGUGGAGAAGAUGAGAUACGCAUUCGCGCUUUAGUCGGAUUGUGUAAGUUAGGUAGUAGUGGUGGGACUGAUGCAUCCAUACGUCCAUUUUCAGAAGGGGCAACACUGAAAUUAGCUGAAGCCUGCCGAAGGUUUUUAAUACAUCCCAAUACCAAGGCAGACACUAAAAGAUGGGCUGUUGAAGGGUUGUCUUAUUUAACAUUAGAUGCUGAAGUCAAAGAAAAACUAAUCGAGGACCAAGCUGCUCUUGUAGCUAUUAUGGGUUUGGCCAAAUCAGAAAAAACGUCUGCAAUGUAUGCUCUAGUAUCAAUUUUUGUUAACUUAUGUAAUGCAUAUGAAAAACAAGAAGUCAUACCUGAAAUGAUAGAACUUGCAAAGUUUUCGAAAUGUCAUGUACCAGAAAAUCAUGAGCUGGAUGAUGUUGAUUUUGUUAAUAAAAGAAUUACACUUUUAUGUAAAUAUGGAGUAAUUAGUGUUCUCGUUCUAUUGGCCAAAACUGAAAGCACCAACAUUAAAGAACUCAUCUCCCGUUUGUUUAACGCUAUUUGUGUUAUACCCGAACUUAGAGGUGAAGUGGCCAAAUUAGGAGGUAUUAAAACUCUUUUAGCUCUGGCUCAUUCUGGUACAGCUAAGGGAAAAAAUCAAGCAGCUCAAGCUAUUGCCCGAAUUGGGAUUUCUAUUAACCCAGAAGUCUCUUUCAAAGAACAACGUUGUCUGGAAUCGAUCCGACCCCUUUUAGGUCUCCUACAUCCAGAUUGUUCGGCUUUGGAAAAUUUUGAGGCAAUGAUGGCUCUUUGUAAUAUGGCGUCUGUCAAUGAAAGGGUACGAAAAAAAAUAGUUGAUUCCAGUGGACUGCAAUUAAUUGAAAGUUAUCUUUUUGAGGAACACCAAAUGUUAAGGAGAGCAUCAGUUCAAUGUUUUACCAAUCUUAUGAUAUCACCUGAAGUCAUUAAACAUUUUGAAGGAGAAAAUGACAAGUUGAAAAUGCUUUUUCUGUUAUGUGAAGAUGAUGACGAAGACACUGCGUUGGCUGCUGCUGGAGGUGUUGCAAUUGCGGUUUCAAAUAGUGUUAAAUGUAGCAAAAAAUUAUUGACGUUUAACAACUGGGAAGAGUCUUUAAAAGUUAUUUUAGCACAUCCGAACAGUGGAAUGCAACACAGAGCUUUAGUGAUUGCUUAUAGUUUAAUUGAAGCUGAUAAAGAAAUAGCUGAAAAAAUUUUUGCAACUGAAAUAAUGGAAAUAUUGAUGGCUCUAUCCAUAAUGAAAGAUGAUAAAUCAAAAGAUAUAAAAGAAAUGGCUGAAAAGUGCUUAAAACUAGCGGAAGAUUUAAAAGUAAUUAAAAAAUCUGAAGAGUAAUAAGUUUAUAGUAUAUUUUGUUCAAAUCAUCAGAAUUUUUAAAUUCACACUUAUUUUUUAUGUAUUGUAUAGUUUUAUGAAAUGAUUUAUUACUAUUAACCAUUUUUGUUUACAACUAUUUAUUUAAUUA